CUUAAAAAUUUAGCCAAGCCCUCCAGCAGUUGUCUUUAUUGAGCACACGCCUUCUGUCCAUGAUGAAUAUUCAUAGCAAGGAGUCUGGUCUCCAAUGGAGACAGUAAACACAGGCUAAUCCAGGCUCCCUGUCUCUUUUGUUUCAGCUCUGCAGGAAAAGCUCAGCAAUUCAGGGGGAAAAAAUCCUUUUAGUAAAGGGUAAAAUCCCUUUACCUGUCAUUGUCUGUUGUUAUGUGAUCAGAAAGCUUUAUGAUGCAGUGUGGAUCUUGGAAACAACAAAGAAAUAUUAUUUUUAUUUCCGGAAUAUCUAUAUACAGAUAGCCGGUCACUGUUUCAUAGUCCCUGAGUGUUUUUUUUUUUUUAACUCACUGAAAUUUCUUUCAAGUUCCUGUGCAAUGUGGAACUGUCCAAAAAUAGACUGCUGGGCCCUCUCACAAGUGUGAUCCAGAACCUCUUAGGAAACUUCAGAAUAAAUCAUGCAUUUCCCUUGCUCAUUAACCAUUUAUGUCAAAAAGUUUGGCCGAGAAAUUGCUGAAUUGGUGAGCAUACCGCAUUCUGGCUAAUGCUCUCCCACACUUUUUUUUUUCUGGGAUGAUCCAAUUGUAAGUAUUACAAACAGAGUUUAUACGAUGGGAAGCAAAACAAAUGGACUCCGAAGCGCCACAUCAACGGGGUAUCCGUUACCGGCAAACAGCUCUACUGGAGAUUUAGCCUCAUAUUCUUCGCUUUCGUUGAACAGCAGGUCUGGAAGAAGCCCACUUGUUACCUCCCAGAACUUCGGGAAGGCUUCAAGCAAAAUCUGUGGGGAAAAGCAAGAAGCUCUCAAGAGGGACCAGGUCCAGCAAGACAAGAUCUGGAGAGAGGCUGUGGAGGCUGAGAGGAAGGCAACCAAAUAUUGGUAUCAGAACUGGAGUUUCCUAAAGGACUAUGAUCCCCUGGGCAAGAAAAAAGUGUCUGCCCAACUCCCUGAAUAUAUAUCAAUAUUUUCGGACAAAAUUCCCAAUACCACCAACCACGUUAUUGGCAGCAGAAUGAACACUGAUCUUGGUAAAACACUGAUAAAAAUGGACUAUUUCCUCAAUUAUGGAAGAAGAAAAACAAAAACUGAGCAAGAACUCCAGCCUUCCUAGAACUAAAGAGAAAACUUGCUGUUAAAAAAGUGCUCAUCUGUACUUUUUGAAAUAGGAUUAAUGUCAAAAACUUAGUGCAUUUACCCUUUCAGACUUAAUUCUUCUGCAGACCGAUUGGCGAUGAUAUUUAGCAAAUUAAAGUUGAUAGCAAAGUUUUGCAAAUAUGAUCCUUGAGCACAAUCAUAUGUAAACACUAAUCUCUACAGUUUCAAUGUUUAGAAAACAGUGGUGCUACAUCCCAAUCUUGAAAGCAUAAACUGCAUGAGGUUGUGUGGAGGUCCAUUUUCUGUUUUUUUUUUCAUUCUGUAGGAAAACUGUAUUUCUUCCACCAAAAUUAAGCCUGAAAUUUUAUUGCAGAUGAUGGGGUGACCUGUUAUACAUUGCAAAGACUUGGCUGGACAUCAAAUGUGUCUAUUGGGGUUUUGCGUAUGGUAGAAGGGAGGAGUCAUCCAGGACACUCUGGAGAUUGUCAGAGGCACUGCCCUGCAGAUAGCCAGAUGUGAGACCUUACUUGUGAGGUUGAGUGUUAGGGGUCAAUUUGGAUUGCUGCAGCUAAGCCAGCUGUCCAGUGGUGGGAUACUGCCGGUUUAACAACCAGUUCGGUGAUUGUGUGCUAUGCGCGUGCAUGUGCUUUAUGCGCAUAUGCGCCUAAUACACGCUGUGCAUACAUGCACAGUUUUACAAAUACUAACCUUCUGUGUUACCGCUUGGGAGUAACACAGCUGAUGCGCGACAAUCCGCUGUGCCGUGCCAAUCAGCUGAGAAGAUAGAGGUAAGUAAAGUGCAGGGGCAGGUGGGCGAGCUGACCUGGUUCAUCCCAGCUGAUUGUUCUAGCUACUGGUUCGCCCGAACUGGUCCGAACGGUAGAAUCCCACCCCUGCAGCUGUCCUAGUUCAGAGCAGCUUCUCUGACUGGGCUGCUUAACGCUGUGACUGUGCCAGUUGUACAGCUGUUCCUGUUCCUGAAUUGGGAAGCCCUACAUGCAGUCAUUCUUGCCUUAGCCAGAUCGUGGUUGGAUUAUUGCUAUGCAUGGUCUUGAAGACACUUCAGGAACUGUAACUGAUUUGGGAUGCAGUGCUGUGUGAAUUGAUGAGCAUAUCUCAAUACACCCACCCAACACCCACACCCACACCCAUAGGCAACACCACUAUUUUAUAAAUUGCAUUUGUCCCCAGGAGUCUUCCAGGUGCAAUCCAAGGUGUUGAUUAUCAUCUAUAAAGCCUUACAUGGCUCAGGACUGGAUUAUCUGCAACACUUUCUCCAAUUAUUUCUACCUGCCAUACUCUAUUAGGAUAGGUACUCUUUAGGUGCCUUCCUUGAAACAAUACAAGGGGUACUAGGAGGCAUGCCUUUGCUGCUGCAGGACCUGACUUCUGGAAUGACCUUCCCUCAAUAUAUGGGUUGGUCCUGUCCUUGAUAGCUUUUAGAGAAGCACUAAAAUGGCUUCUUCUUUAGGUAUUAGAGCUGGGAUGUUAGAAGCAAAUGUGGUUCCCUAAUUGUCCAUUAUUGUUGCAGUUUAAUUAUACUAUAUAUAUAUAGUAAAGUAGCUUUCAGUCAGAAUAAUUCAGGAAUCCUUGAGCUAACUAGAAAGAUCUUUUCCCCAUCAUAUUCAAGUUUCAAUACUUUCCUGCAAUGAAGAACAUUUACAUUUGUUAGAAAACUUGGCAACUGGCAUGAAAUAAAAUUGUCCUGUGCUUACUAA